AAUGAACAAGAUCAUAAUUUUGGCAAUGAUAGGUUUAAUGUGUGUAUCAGCAUUUGAUAUUGAUUUCUCUUUAUUACUUCAAGUACCUUUAGAGUUGAUAAAUUAUUUAGACAGGUUCAGAAUCAAAUGAUGCAGUUUAAGCAGUUUAUGAUUUAUUGAAUGAUUUGAAAACAAGCAAUAUUGAAGCCCAAGGAGUUGCAGAUGAAAAGAAUAUCUCAGAUGAAGAAAUUGGUUAAGCUAGAAUUGCUGCAUUAUCAAAAGUCAAUGAAUUAAAUUAAAAAGCAUGGGCUAGUGCUAAAGCAAGAAGAGAAUAAAUUGGAAUUGAAUAUAGAGUACUUAAAUAAUUAUCUAAUAUAGGAAGCAACAGAUUAUAUUGCAUGGGCAACUUAAAGAUUAGCUGAUAUUGAUAGAAGAUCAGUUGAAUUAUAAGAAUUGAGAUGUUUCUCAAAUGGUUUGUUUGUUAGAGCAAUUAAAUAACAUAAUGAUGCUCUUGGAGUUAUAAGAGUAUUGAAAAAUGAUUUGAGUGGAUAUUUAACAGGAUAACCAUCAUCUAUGGUUGAAAUUAAUGUCCAAAAUGUCUCAGACAAAUUAAAAUAAUAUAGUCAAUUAUUUAAUUAAGAUGCUAUGACUAAAUUUGCUUAAUUAGCUGUUGAAUAAGCAUCUGGAAAUGCAGAAUUACAUGCACUUGGAGAGAAUGAUGGAUCUUCAACUUCUGAUAGAUAACCAGGUAAUAAUGUUGGAUAACUUGUUUAUAAUGCUUUAUCUGAUUUAGAAGAUUAAUUAAAAGCUUCUUUGGCUAAUUUGGAAGCCAAUGAAAUUGCUGCUUAUUAUUAAUUAGCUGAUUGGCUUGCUGAUACUGAAUCUGAAGUUGCUCAUCUUAAUGAUGAAAUCCAAAGAAAGACUCAAUUAUAAGAUAAAUUGGUUGUGGUAUGAUUAUUCUCUCAUAUUUCAAGUAAGAAUAAGCUGCACUUGCUGUUUAAGCUAAAGCUAACAGUGUCUUGAAAGACUCUUAGAAUGCCAUCAAUGCUGCCACUGCUACAUUAUAAGAAUUAAGAGAUUUGUAUGAAACUGAAUUGAAUAGAAGAAAUGGUAUUGCAAUUUUUAUAUUAAUUUAUAGAGGAAAAUGCUAUUAUUGAUGAAGUCAUUCACAUUUUCAAAUAAUAAGUUUUAGAAAUGGCUAAUCAAACCUCAUAUGGAAAGAAAUGAGUU